CCGGCGCCGGCUGGGGGUCCGGGCGGCUGGAUGGGCGGCGGCGGCGCAGGCCGCGGGCGGCGAUGGGCGAGGAGCAGAGCACGGUGAGCGGCAGCGGCGGGGCGCGGGCCUCUGGCGGAGGCUCGGCGGGCCAGCCCGAGUCCCCCAGGCCGCGAGGGGACCGCGUCCGGACAGCCGGGCCGCGCGCUGCAGCCUCCUCUCCACGGCCGAACGGCGGCGGCGGCAGAGACCCGGGCUGCGUGGACGCGAGUGUCCAGGAGCCUGCGAGCCACCGGGCCCCGGCAGGGCAGCCCGCGCGACUGCCACUCAGCGGGCCCCUGGACCCCCAGAGUCUGGAACUGCAGCUGGAGCGCGAGGCGGAGGGCGCGGGGCCACGGGAGGCGCCCCCCGGCCAGCAGCCCCCCGACGGGCUGCUCCUGGACGUGCUGGCCCAGCGACACCCGCCCCCCGCCAAGCCGCAAGUCUUCUGCUCCGUGUACUGCGUGGAGAGCGACCUGCCCGAGGCCCCCUCCGCCGAGUCCCCGUCGCCGUCGGAGUCCCCACCUCAAGCACCGCUGGGGCCGAUUCCCGCCAGCCCGCCGCCCUCCUUCCCCAGCUCCCCGCUGUCGCUCCCGGCUGACCCCCUUUCCCCCGACGGCGGCAGCAUCGAGCUGGAGUUCUACCUGGCUCCGGAGCCCUUCUCCGUGCCUGGCCUAUUAGGAACUCCACCCUACUCUGGCCUGGGGGGAGUAGGGGACCCCUAUGCGCCCCUCAUGGUGCUGAUGUGCCGGGUGUGCCUGGAAGACAAGCCCAUCAAGCCCCUGCCCUGCUGCAAGAAGGCGGUGUGCGAGGAGUGCCUCAAAAUCUACCUGAGCUCUCAGGUACAACUUGGCCAAGUAGAAAUCAAAUGCCCAGUCACAGAGUGUUUCGAAUUCCUGGAGGAAACAACUGUUGUCUACAAUUUAACCCAUGAGGACUCUAUCAAGUAUAAAUACUUCUUGGAACUUGGCCGAAUUGACUCCAGCACCAAGCCAUGUCCUCAAUGCAAACACUUCACAACCUUUAAGAAAAAAGGACAUAUCCCCACUCCUUCCAGAUCAGAGAGCAGAUACAAAAUCCAGUGUCCCACUUGCCAAUUGAUCUGGUGUUUUAAGUGCCACUCUCCUUGGCAUGAAGGUGUCAACUGCAAGGAGUACAAAAAAGGAGACAAGUUACUGCGUCACUGGGCCAGUGAGAUUGAGCAUGGGCAGAGAAAUGCCCAGAAGUGUCCAAAGUGCAAGAUCCAUAUCCAGAGAACAGAAGGGUGUGACCAUAUGACUUGUUCACAGUGUAACACUAAUUUUUGCUAUCGAUGUGGAGAGAGAUACCGCCAGCUCCGGUUUUUCGGAGACCACACAUCAAACCUCAGUAUAUUUGGAUGCAAAUAUCGCUACCUCCCAGAGAGACCUCAUUUAAGAAGAUUAGUUCGAGGGUCAGUCUGUGCACUUCUGAAACACUGGGAAAGCCAAUUGGUGGCAAGAAGAAUGUAUGGACUUAACAGCUGGAAAGCUCUUCAUUGCGCCUCUCAUCCUGGUUUUGGGAUUGGCACUAGGGGCCAUAGCAGUUGUAAUCGGUUUAUUUGUAUUUCCUAUAUAUUGCCUUUGUAAAAAACAGAGAAAGAGAUCACGGACAGGUAUGCACUGGUAAUCCACAGAGGAUUUCACAGGAUGUCAGCCGGUCCCGGGAGGAGCCGUGCAGGAUGGUGCACUUGUCUGUGAGUUGGAUCCUUAAAACUACCUAGAGGAACUUCUGUCAUCUUGUCUCCUGUGGUUCUCUGCAGACCACAGUGCCUCUAGCUACGGUGCACUCCCAACAUGGCAUCCUGUCCUUUCCUUAAGCAGAUUGCUGCUUUUUAAAAAAAUGGUCACUUUCGUUAACUAUUCACAUUUAUAUAGUAACUCUCACCUGUGUGGUUCUUGGAAGAAGAUAUUUUAGAACAGGGUAUCCUCAGCUGUCUUUUGAGGACACCUCACCUGGAGUGUUAUUUGGAUUGUCUGAACCUUGUGCUUCCCCCGGCUGUCUCUGAGACAUGGUAUGCAUAGCUGAAUCCUGCCUGUCUCAACAAACAAGGCCACUUUUCAGAAGAUAAAUCAAAGUUCACCAAAUGCACCUAAUUGUCAUCUGUAACCCAAAUGGUAUCAUCGUUCUGUUUUUUGGAUAUUGUAAUUGCUUUAAAAAAAAUUAUCAGCACCCAGAAGGAAUUAAUGAAACUAAAUUAAUGAGAAGAACCGUGAGUUACUGGUCCGUAUAUGUAAGGAUAUGAAUGUGUGUAUAUAAAUACGUAUUAAACCAGGCUCCAUGACCAUGUGCUUGUCUAUUUCCAUGUCUAUUUUCAUAGAAACUUUCAGCCUUGAUGGUUAUUUUUGUGGGCCUAACUUGGUAAUGUACUGAAUUAAAGCCAAUGUCAACAACAGAUUGUUUCCAUGGUAACUGUUUCUUGCUCUUCCUAUGGUUACACGCACACACAGCAAUGUAUGCGAUGCCACUCUGACACAUACCACACAUUGUAAACUUAACAAAUCUAUAGGGAUGGUUUCAGAAAGUUCCAAGUUUGCAACAGUUGCUCUUUUCGGAUUUCUUGGAUUUUGACACAUAUGCUUUAGCCUGUCCUAGGAUUAUUUAAUAAAGAAAAAAAUAUUUGCUUUGAAGAAAAUUGCUUAAACUGUUAAUUUAAUUCUCAUUCUGCUCAUUAUUUAAUAUUACCACCUUAUAAUCCUAGAUAAUUCUGCUUUAGGUCAAGUUUUUAAAAAUUAUUGAAUGUUCCCUCUUCUGUCUUUUUUUUUUUUUAAUUUGUCCUCAAGUUUUUUACAAAAAUAAAUACUAGUUUUGGAGGAUUUUGCCCAUGUUCACUAUGUGGGUGCAUAAUUUGUUUGUAUCUCCUUAUAGAGAGACAAUGUGAGAACAGCUUUUUAUGUACAUAGUUUCUUCAAAGCAUAAACUGCUUUUGGAGAAGGAAGCAAAUGAAAAUAUUUUCAGGAAGUUCUUUUGAGUAAGGAAAUGGAAUUUAACAGCACAGCUCUAUUUCUCUGCUUUCGUCAUUAAGUUUAUCAAAACAAAGAAGAGAUGCUAAGAAGCCUAAACUUUCCAUUUAUCCUUGAAUUCUCAAAAUUAGCUGGUUACCAUAAAUGUAACCAUGUUUGGCUUGAAGUAGACACUCACAUUUACAUGACUAUUUCAUGGUUUCAGAAACCAGAGUGUAAGAACUUUAAUCCCUUGUGUUUCACUGAAAAACUUCAUGCCAUGAAGGACAGUCCAAGUUUAAGCUAGCAUGCUGGUGUUCCUUCCGAGCAAUAGCAAUGAGCUGGACAACUUUCUGCUAAGUGGCGAGUUUUUGGUGAAAGGAGCGUGCAGUACUGCUGACUCCGGGACUACUUAUUCUAGACUAUGGUAUGAGGUAAAGAACAAUGGUCUCUGGUUUCACAGAUUCAUCUUACCGUGCCUUCAGCCAUCCUUCUGGCAAGUGUUUACUGUCCGCUUUAGGUGUGCUAGUCUUUGACCAAAACAAUGAGGACUUGUAGACCAAGUCUCUGCUAUAAGGUUGCUUAAUUUUGUAGAAAUUCAUCUUUCCUGGACUUGGUCAUCAACUUGGCCAGAUGUGAGUAGGAUGGAUGUGUCUUUUGUGUCGAUGUAUGCAUAUAUCUGUAUGUCAUAUCUAACCUUACCUUGUUUGUACAACACCUCCUGAGUGAAUAGGGACUUUUGGGUCUGAGAUAGUCUGUAUUCUUGGGUUAUUGUGCCUGUUGUCUUUGGCCUACUCAGGGAUUUUUAUUCUAGUAUUUAAAUAAUUUAUCUUUUACAGGUAUUUUUAAAUGAUUUGAAAUUUUUCCAAUAUCUGAGUUACAAAGUGAUAUUUGUUAUGAGGAAAGGCUGUUUCAUCAGAGGCUGGGAGAUUGCACAAACUGCUGAACAGGCAUCUCAUUUGUAAGUGCAUAAAUCUGUAAAAUAAUUGUAUGCAUUUUUGUCUUUUUAAAGUAUAUGCAACCACAUACACAUGUAUGUGUGUCCUAUCCAUGGCAGUAACUUAAAAGUAAUCAUUUAUGAAUAUUUUACUAAGUCAUAAAAAUCUUGAGGAGUCAGAAAAUGAAGAAAAAGUGUUUCUAUGUCAGUGCCAACUUGAUGGUAGAACAAUAGUAACCUUUAGAGUAUAUUCUGAAAACUGAAGUAUACAUGUUAAGUGUUCUUUAUGUAUGCUUGUCAUUAUAUGUUACCAUUGUAAAUGUAUAUGUGUUCCUAAAGAAAAUCAAACCAUAUGAAGCUAUAAAAUACAAAAUUCUCUGCUUAUCUACCCAUUGUUUUCUUGGGGGUGACUGUCAAUGGUCUGAGAAUUGUCCUUCUAGAUGCUUCCUUACUUCUAAUGCACAAAUAAGUGUGUAUCCUUACGUGUGUAUGUAUGUAUCCUUGUGUGCUAGUUUUCUGCAAAUAGAAUGACGUCCUUAGCUCUGUCUCUUUUUCAUACUUUGAAAUAUUGGAAAAAUAACUUUCCAUUAGUGUUUAUCCAUUUGAAAAUUACGGACUAAUUCAACAUAGAGCUAUGUUUUAACUGACUGACUGACUGACUGACUGACUGAGUUAAAUGGGAGACAAGAUAGUUUUUACUUGUCACAAACUAAGCAUCUUCUGCCUUCAUGUAUUUUGUUACCUACUAUGACUAUUUCCAUGGGACUUUGAAUUUUAUUUUUUACACAGUAUAUAUAAUAAAGAUUUUCAAGCUAUAAUCAGAAAAAUGAGACCAUAGAAAUAAUAUAUUUAAGACCCUACUUUGAGUGGAGAGUGCCUAAUUUUAAAGCAACCAUCUUUUGAGAGGCUUUCUCCUUAAAAGAUUAACCAGAUACCUUUCCAAAAUAUAAAGGAGAAAGUUAAUCUCUUCCCAGUGAAGCUGUCUUUUUGACAGUAUGAAAAAGAUAAAUUGGUUUUUCAGAUUGCUUCCUUUUAAUCUUAGUGUUCCAGCCAAACGGAUGGAUGUCUAGAACACUCCUCAUCUUUAUGUGUCUCAUUUAUGAAAGAUUGGAGAGAAAAGAAAGGUUUCAGACCUGUAACACAGCAACAUCCUCUUCCCACCUUUAUGGUCCAGCACUUAGCCACUUACCAUCUCCUAGAUAGAAAAGAACAGACAGAAAAACAAUUAGAGAUGAGUUAGACACCAAAUGUGUUGUGACAUGGUAUCUAUAUCUCUCUGCUGUGGGAUCAAUAUUCAGUGGUACUUCUUGGGAAAUGCUCAACUCUGUAGUAUCAUCCCAAAUCCCAGGACCCUGCUUGAGUCUUUAUCUUUUCAUCUCACUGCCCAGAUAUAUGCUCUGUGUUCCUGAAAUACUCUACACCUUUGCAGUCACUGUCUGUUCUAUUUUAGGUCCAAACAUGUUUUUGUCCACACUUCAGUCACCAUCAGAGAAGAGGAGAAGCAUGUUGAGGGGAACAGCUCACCCUGGUCUGUGUGGCCUCAGUGUUUCUACUGGCUUCUCUCAGAUUUCACUGCAUCUGCCAACAUAUCUCCUCUCCCCAACAGAUAAAACUGUUGUCCCAUCAGAGAUUUAUGAUGCCAUUGGUCUGCUUAUAAUCAAAAGCUAAUGGCCUAAAUAAUGUUAGGCAGUAUAUAAGUACAAAACCAAGAAAAUCUAACUUUGGAUAUUAGUUUUAUAAACAAGUUACAAACAAGCCUUAACAUGAGUCCUUCCAUGUCUGUGGUUAAAGUCUGUCUCCGCUAUUGUUUUAUGCUAAUGUCUGUUGUAAUUGUCAGCCUUAAAAUGGAUGCACUUUUCCCCAGUGUGUGUGCCGUUUAAGUAAUUAACUGAUGAAACAGAAGAGACAGGUUAUGCUUUUCAGCAGCGAGGGUGGAUUUGUGCCAGCAAAUAUGUCUAAAUUCUUCAAAUGUGAAGGAUCAGAAGCUGAGCACUUUAUGUAAACCAUAUUUAAAUAUUAUUUGAGUAUAAAUCACUCAAAGAUAGACCUCCUAAAAUUUUAGUAGUCCUGGAACAUUUUUGCAACAAUAUUGCUGUUUAGAACUCACAGCAAAUAAUGCUGCUAUGUAACAGUUUCACUUGAAUCUUUGUUUAAAAUGUUAAUUUCUAGUGAAAGUUUUAAUUGUAUUUAACUGUAUUUCAUAGUUCAUGAAUUCUAUACAAGAAUUUUUCUUACUAGAAACACAAUAAAUAAAAUAGCUGGAGCACAUUUUUUUUUCAAAUUAUAAUUUAAUCGUACACUUUUCUACAGUUACAGACACUAACUUCCAAGAUGACAUAUUACAAUGUGCGUCUACAAUGAUCCUAUCAAUAAAACUAAGAUACUUACACAGAAACAGUAUUAUCAAAACAAAACAAGCACUCCAAACUUGAAAGGGAUGGAUGGGACUCCACUGUGUCUCUUCCUUUGAGUGGACAACUAAGACUGAUUUCAAAGCCAUGUCCUGCGUGGGACUUGUAUUCAUCACUCUGUGAAUCUGCAGCUUUAGUUGAUGUCAUCCAGACCCAACAGACAAAGCCCCAGUAGUGUGAGACUAUUGUUAUUAUCUAUCUGCUGAUUAGUUAAAGCAUACCUUUAUAUAUACCUUACACACCCUUGCUUGUUCGUGUUGUUAGUUGUAUAAGCAUGUAAUCAUGCAUAUUAGAAAUUAUACUUUUUCUUUUGACUGAAAAAGGGACUGUUUUGAGAAUAGUGACUUAAAAUGCAAAAAACAUCUUUGAAAAAUACAUGAAAUAUUACCAAUGCCUUUUGAGGGUCAUUUAUGUCUCUAAAAAAUACUUCAUUGAUUUAUUGAGUUAUGUAGACUCAUUAGCAUAGACAAUAAUGUUUGUUUUUCAGUUUUGAGCUGUAUGCUACCACUGUUUCUCCUCAUGUACAGCAGUAUCUCAACCCCACAUGCCUAUUAUUUUCCUUAGUUUUCCAGACUAUCCUUCUUUUUACUUCCUCAGUCACCUCCUCAUCUUGGCCAAUGAGGAAUAAAUUGUCUUAACCACUAGCUCUUUUUACUGAAAUGCAAUAAAGUUAUGCUGAAGGGUCUUUGUGACUUGACUCUAGUGGUAAAAGUGUCAUCUAUCUUUUUUGUUUGUUAACUGAAAUGGAUCCAGAGUGUCUGGAUCAGUUUUCCUGAUUCUUGAUAGGAGUUCAGGAACUCUCUCUAACCCUGCCAAGUUAAAUCAAACAAAUGAGAUGCCAAUUGGACCAGAAAGUUAACAAUACUCUAUAGCCAAACUUAAGAAAUUCAUAAUCACUGGAAACUUAAUCCAGCAGCGUCUGCAUACCUGAUGGACAAAAAGCACAUAUACAUUCACACAACCUGAUACAUAAUCUUUUAUCCUUCAUCCAAAAUGUUAUAGUUUUGAUUACUGGUCUUUAAGUAAAAACAUCCUCUAGCUUGAGCUUACGUUGAACUUAAACAGAGUAGCAAUUGUACAUAAUACACAGUGAAUGAUUUGUGCUCUUUGGUUAUUAUUAGACAGUUUCAUAAUCUAAAGUAGAUCACCUUUCCUAUAACCAGGAAUGGCCCUAUUCUAGAGAAACCGUUUAUCAUUUGAAAAUAGUCAAAGAUUUUGAUUAAUUGGAUUUAUAUAUCAGCCACAUUCAAAAUGUAUUUAGUAUAGUUUUACUGUUCAACAAAAAUGUUCAGAGAGCCAGACUCAGCAUUAAAUGGUCCUAGGAAUCACAGAAACGCUCUUUUCAGAUUUUCUCCUUGUGGCUGGCAGGCAGUGCUGCACUUACUGGUCCAUUUCAGUGUCAAGGGUUCGCCUUGUGAGCAGCUAGGAAAACUGUCUUAAUAUUCUAGUUAAAUUCUUAAAAGAAAAAAAAAGUUUUUCAUCAGCAUUACUCCCUCAAUAUCUAAAUAUAUUGUUUCAAACAAUUAAUAUCUAAAUAACUAAUGCACAUAUCUAAUCUUUAGCCUAUAGAAAAUUAGCACGUUUUAUGUUUCUUUACAAAGAAAUUGUAGAUUAUAGUAUUAUUACUUCUUAGCAGCUAAAUAUAGGUCCUUUACUAAUGCCCAUGUUUGAAGUUGCAUCUGAUAACUCCUCAAUAGCUAAUAUUUAUUAUGGGCCAUUUUCAUCAAAAUUAAAUUUCUCUAGGUAGUGUUUUGAAAACUUAUGAAACCUUAUGAAAAAAACCUUACUUUUAUAUGAGAUUCGGAAUAGUAAUUGGCUAUAUAUAAGUGCAUAGACACCAUCUGUCAAAACAGAAACGAACUGGUGCAGAUUAUUUGGAAAACUAACAGGCAUCCAGGUAGGAUGCUUGGCAGGUGGCCCAGCCAGAAACCCUAGGUCUGGGGUUGUCUAGAUUUGCUUCUGGCUCCUCCUCAAUCCACAGUGGAAUCUUUAAACAGGCCGGUCCACUUUAGUUUUAUAUAUAUAUAAACAAUAUAUAUAUAAAUUGUUUCCUUCUCCCCUGCCCUUUAAAAAUUGGUUCUGUGAUGAAAGGCAGAAGACAUAUUGCAUGUGUACACUGCUGCGAGUGUCUGCAGUAACCAUCAUCCUUGUAUCCUUCUCCAGCCCUGGCUUCCCAUGACACAAUAAAUUUAGGGACUUUAAUUUAAAUCCGUAGAGCUGCUGACACCUCUUCUACCUUCUAAUAAAAGUUCUUUUAGUCCCUUGUGGGAGGAAAAAGAAAAACGUUGGCACACUCUUUGCUUAUUAAAAUAGUUACUAAUAUACUAGUAAGGAGUACAUCUUUAACUGUUAGAAAAAAAUCUAAUAAAACAGCAGCAGGCACAUGGCUUUGAUCCUACCAUUUGUAACUUCCAGGACAGCCUGAUCUACAUAGUGAAUUCCAGGACA